AGUGUAAGAGUCUCAUGGUGUUGUUCUUGUCAUUUCUUUGGGCAAUCACACUUUUUAGCCAUGCUCUUUCAGAGAAUCACCAUCAAAGAAAUCAGGAGCCAUCUGAGCAAUGAAGAAAUCUUGAAAAUAGUUGAAGAGGCCAAAGUUCCUGCUCCAGGAUCUCGCUCUAUCGAAGGCUUUGGCUGGGGAGGAGAAGAAGAUGGAGAUGCCAAGGAAGAAGAGGUAAAGGAGGACGAAGAUGAGUAUGAGAAGAGAGUUAUGGAGACUGAUGCUAGUGGAGAAAUUAAGCUCACUUGAUCAAUACAUUCUUGAUUCUUUCCAAAUAAUUAAGAUCUGGAGUUUGUUUCAGUGCUUGUAUAAAGUCAGUUUCUAUCUAGGCCGUUGUGUUGAAUAAGUAUUUGUAAAUUUG